AUGAAUUUCUUCGACUUAAGUCUGGAAGAAAAGUCGGUUUACGAGGGAGAGAAUGCGUCAGACCCUUGCAUUUUGGACCCAAUUAUUUGCGGAACCAAUUUUAACCCUGCCUCUAGGAGUGUCUCCUUUUGGAGGGAUUAUCUUAGAGUUUUAGUGCAUCCAGUGUUUAAUUCCCCUGUUAAACCCGAGGCUUUGAGUGAGGGUUUAAGGGAGUACAGUAAAAGAUCAAGAGAAAUAAUGAAAGAACUUAUUAGAGCAAUAAUGGAGGGACUUGAAUUAGAGGAAGAAAACAUCGAAGAGUCCCUUGAACUAAAUUCUGGUGUUCAAAAGUUUUCUGCAAAUCUCUACCCUCCUUGCCCACGGCCUGAACUAGCAAUAGGUUUGCCCCCACAUGCUGAUCGCGGUCUCUUAACCCUACUCAUACAGAAUGACGUUGGUGGAUUGCAUAUUAAGAACAAGGGAAAAUGGGUUGCGGUGAAUGCAAUUCCGAACUCUAUCAUGGUUAACAUUGGUGAUCAUAUGGAGAUACUGAGAAACGGGAAGUAUAAAGCCGUGCUUCAUCGAGCCGUAGUGAACAACAAGGAAACAAGAAUAUCGUUGGUUAUGACAAAUGGACCAUCAACUGAAACUUACGUAACUUAAUGAAUACUAGUAUCAGCAAGGC